UGUUGUCUACAGUCUAGGUUCAUCCGCAGAUGAAGUUUAGGUUUUCCUUUUUGGGGGAAUAAAAAGCUGGUUAUAUAUUGCUUAGCAUCUUUUUCUUGUCUGUGGUUAGAUCCGAAGGAAAUGGCGAGUAUAGAACUGGACCCGCUGUUCAUGAAGGCCCUGGCCCUUCUGCGGUCUAAGAGUAAAGACUCAACGGACCUCCUGAAACAGAUGCUGGAUGAUGUCCUUGGCAAGACCACUGGAAAGCUGAGCAGUAAGCCUGCGUCUCCAUCUGUGCCUGCAUCAAGGACUGAGGUGCCAGCCAAGAAAACUACCGUCAAGAGACCUGCGGAAAAGUCCAGUUUUGGAGCGGCUCUGUCCACUGGAGAUUCAGGCAUUGCCGCCAAGAAACCAAAGAUAGAACCAGAGGUCCGUCAGUCGAGAAUUCAACCACGAAAACCGGUCAUCGAUGACGACGACGAUGAUGAAGAUGAUGAUGACGACGACGACGAUCAGGGUGAGGAGGAUGAUGAUGAAACAGAAGACGAACAGACAGAGGAGAAAGAAGAGAAGAUGAGUGAGAGCAGCGGGGAAGAAGACGAUGAGCCUGAGUUUAUAGGGAAGGAGGAAGAGAAACCAGGAGCCGCGGCAGAUGAUGAUGAGAUGUGGUUGGGUCUAGCUUGUGUCGUCUGUAAGGAUUUGGAAAUAUCUGCUGGAAACACGCUGAUUGAAUGCCAGGAGUGCCAUAAUCUAUAUCAUCAGAAAUGCCACACCCCUCCUGUAACCGACACAGACCCAAAUGACCCUAGACUGGUCUGGUACUGUGCCCAGUGUAAACGCAACAUGAAGAAAAUGGUUGCAAAGAAACCGGCUAACCUCCCGGAGACGGUGAUCACUACCGGCUCCUCAUCCUCCUCCUCAUCGUCAUCAUCGUCGGCGAAAGACCAGGAGAAAAACCAGGAUCAGACGUCUCCCAUGAACCUCUUCAGGAGAGCUGAUCCUAAGCCUUCACCAACAUCCACCAGCAGUGCCCAGCAGCCGUUUGGGGGUCUCGCCAGCUACGCCGCUAAUCUGACCAACCGACAGCAUUCCUCGUCCUCCAAAUCCUCCUCCUCUGGCACCAGUCGUAUCAUAACCAGCACUGGAGCCAAAAUAGCGCCCUCUUCCAUCACCAGUCGCAGCUCCAGCACCUCGGGCACGUCGACAACAAUGAGUGGGAAGGCCCUGAAGCCGCAGAGCGUGCAGCGGUCAACGUCCGUGUCGCAGUCUGGCAAAUGGCCGAACGCGCCCUCUGCUUCAUCGGCCGCGGCGAAGGCAAUGUCGAGCAGCUCGGCAUCAGGGAAGGCACUGCCGCAGACAAGUACGGCUUCUGCGAUGAAGAGACUUCAUAUGAUGAAAAAGAAAGCUUCGAAGCGAUGAACGUGUUGGCUGUUGUUGCGACCAGUUCAAACCAGUAGAUACCAGUUGGAAAUCCUUACUGGUUUCAACUGGUAUCAACCAGAAUUCUGACCUGGGUGACGAUAAUGUAUUACCAUAGACAACUGUGUGAUGAAAACAGAAAGCCUUGAGGCGAUGAACGUGUCGGCUGCUGUUGUGACCAGUUCAAACUGGUAAAUAUCAGUCGGAAAUCCUUAGAGGUUUCAACUGGUAUCAACUGGAAUUUUGACCUGGGUGACGAUAAUAUAUCACCAUUGACAACUGUAUGAUACAGAAGAACCUGUUAAACUGGACUUCUUCUAAACCACUGUAGAAAGACUAAAGAACAAAUGGAUUACAUCUGUUGAACUGCAUAUGAAACACUGCACAGGAAAAACUUUAUAGGGAUUAUAUAUGGUGUGAUAUAUGGACUUCACCAGGUUGACCAAAAUGGUGACUCCUGUGGCCAGCAAAGAAAAUGCAGUCUCUGGAGAUAUUUUUUUCCUUUCUACGUAAUCAAAUAGGAGUAUUUUCAAGAUACAUGUAUUUUUAACUGGCUCACUGUUUCUAUUACAAGGCAAUCAACUUACAGCCCGUCUGCACUAGCUCGACCAGGGGGGAUUAGACCUCCCUGCAAGGUCACAGACUGGUGGUUAUCUCAUCAAAUCAGCUCUCAAUUAACUUAAGAAA